GCUGCAAACUCCGGCGCCGCCGCGGAUUCGACUCCGGGAGGCGGUGGGCGCCGCGCAGCCGAGAAACCCAGAGCCGCCACGAGUCCGGAGGACGCCGGGGAAGCAAGGGUUGCGGCGCCCCGCGGAGUCCGCGCCGAGUCGAGCCCGGAGUCCGGGCGGCCGGGCCGCGGCGGCUUGGGGGCGCCCCCGCGGCGCCCCGCGCUCCCCGCCACCGCCUCGACCGGCGGCCGGUGGCAGGAGGGCGCCUGAGCCCAUGGCGAGGAGACCCGCUGCCGCCGCUGCCUCCGCCACCGCCCUGCCACCGCCGCCAGCUCCCGGGCACCAUGCGAGCCGCCCCGAGCCUCGGCGGCUGCGUCUGCCUGCUGCUCGCCGCGAUCCUGGACCUGGCGCGCGGCUACCUGACUGUCAGCAUCGAGCCUCUCCCUCCUGUGGUGGCUGGUGAUGCUGUGACAUUGAAGUGUAACUUCAAGACGGACGGGCGUAUGCGUGAGAUCGUGUGGUACCGGGUGACAGAUGGUGGCACCAUCAAGCAGAAGAUCUUUACCUUCGACGCCAUGUUCUCCACCAACUACUCCCACAUGGAGAACUACCGCAAGCGGGAGGACCUGGUGUACCAGUCCACCGUGAGGCUGCCCGAGGUCCGGAUCUCGGACAAUGGUCCCUACGAGUGCCAUGUGGGCAUCUAUGACAGAGCCACGCGAGAGAAGGUGGUCCUGGCGUCAGGCAACAUCUUCCUCAAUGUCAUGGCUCCUCCCACGUCCAUCGAGGUGGUGGCCGCUGACACGCCAGCCCCCUUCAGCCGCUACCAAGCCCAGAACUUCACGCUGGUCUGCAUCGUGUCUGGAGGGAAGCCAGCGCCCAUGGUUUAUUUCAAACGCGAUGGGGAGCCCAUCGACGCAGUGCCCCUGUCGGAGCCGCCACCUGCAAGCUCCGGGCCCCUGGAGGACAGCAGGCCCUUCCGCAGCCUCCUGCACCGCGACGUGGAUGACACCAAGAUGCAGAAGUCGCUGUCCCUGCUGGACGCCGAGAACCGAGGCGGGCAUCCCCCUACGGAGCGCCCCUCCCGCGGCCUUACCCCAGACCCCAGCCUUUUCCUCCAGCCCACCACAGAGAACGUUCCAGAGACGGUUGUGAGCCGCGAGUUCCCACGCUGGGUCCACAGCACCGAGCCCGUCUACUUCCUGCGCCUCAGCCACAGCCCGGGCAGCGAUGGGACCGUGGAGGUGCGCGCCCUGCUCAGCUGGGCCCUCAACCCACAGAUCGACAAUGAGGCCCUCUUCAGCUGCGAGGUCAAGCACCCGGCGCUGUCGAUGCCCAUGCAGGCAGAGGUCACGCUGGUUGCCCCCAAAGGACCCAAAAUCAUGAUGACGCCCAGCAGAGCCCGGGUCGGGGACACAGUGAGGAUUCUGGUCCAUGGGUUUCAGAACGAAGUCUUCCCGGAGCCCAUGUUCACGUGGACGCGGGUCGGGAGCCGCCUCCUGGACGGCAGCACUGAGUUCGACGGGAAGGAGCUGGUGCUGGAGCGGGUCCCCGCCGAGCUCAACGGCUCCAUGUACCGCUGCACAGCCCAGAACCCUCUGGGCUCGACGGACACACACACCCGGCUCAUCGUGUUUGAAAACCCAAAUAUCCCAAGAGGAACAGAGGACUCCAAUGGUUCUGCUUCUGGCCCUGCUGGCGUCCGGCUCGCCCUGGUGCUCACCCUGACAGUGGUCCUGGAGCUGACGUGAAGGCCCGGCUCACCUCCUGCCACUGCGUCAGGCACUGACAUCUCUGCGAUCGGUUUUCAUUUCUUUUCUAAACUAUUUCGUCUUGUUCUUAGUCUCUUUCUGUCUGUGUCUUGGCUUCUUCAGUCGUUUUAAUUAAAACAAACAGAACAAUUUUCCCCA